AUGGGCAAUACUGCAGCUACAGUUUUCUGCAUGCCGGUCACGAUUGAAAGCAUCAAGAGGACUUCCAUUGAUGGUAUCGUGAAUGGAGUGGAGGUCAAAAGCUUUGUCGACAACCUUAGCAUUCAGAUGAAAAAUCAAAUUACUCUGGCGGGUGUCUCCAUGGCCUUGGACAUCACUAUCCUCGCCAUUCCAGGUCUAGGCGCAACAAUGGCAUCACAAACAUUAUGUUCUUGCUCUUUACUUUUUGGUGUCAACUGCAUCUUUGUGGGCACAAUAGUAUGGCAUUUUGGCGAGAAAAUGAGAUCCAUUGACUUUGUGGUAUAUUACCUGCAGAAGAGAACGGCGAUGCUCAUCGUCAUUACAAGUAUACCUACUUCUUUUUGUGUACUGAGUGUGAUAACCUCCAUCCUUGGAUUCUUUGCAGGUGUUGUUUCAAACUUUAGGCCAUCUACGCCUUUAAUGAUUGCGUGCUUCACCACGCUCGGUGUUGUGGUGGGUUCCUUAAUUGUAUUGGUGGUUGCUAGUUAUGGUCCUAGCCUGGCCAUAGAGUCUUUUGACGAUGCCACUUCCUGA